AACGUCCCUUUACCAUUUCUGUCAACAACAAUCCCAUAUUCCCGGUGCUAGCCUUCUGAAGAAUUCCACGCAGAAUCAUGGCGAAAAUGAUAAAUCCACAGUCUCUAACCCUCAAUACCUGCACAUCUCUAAUUUUCCCAUCAAUUCAUGCUCCAAAAUCGCUGUUCCCUUCCCAAUCUCUUGCAAUUUCAACCAAGCCCAUCAGUAAAAUUCGUUAUACAAGGAGUCUGAUUGGACCGUCUUUCGUAGCCAAAGCUUCCACGGCCGCGGCUGUUCCAGAUAACAUCACGGAUGUGCUCGGGGAUGUCGGCAUCUUCACUGCCACUGGCGAGCCCGUCAAGUUCGAAGACCUCUGGGAUCAAAAGGAGGGAAUGGCUGUUGUUGCGCUGUUGCGGCAUUUUGGAUGUUUUUGCUGCUGGGAACUUGCGGAGGCCCUCAAAGAAUCAAAAGAAAGAUUUGACUCUGCUGGUGUUAAGCUUAUUGCUGUUGGUGUUGGUACUCCUAAUAAAGCACGUCUUCUUGCUGAAAGGUUACCUUUUCCACUGGAUUGCCUUUAUGCUGACCCUGAACGUAAGGCUUAUGAUGUUUUGGGCUUAUAUUAUGGUCUUGGCCGGACUUUUUUCAAUCCAGCAAGUGCCAAAGUAUUUUCAAGAAUGGAGGCGGUCAAAAAGGCUAUGAAGAACUACACAAUUGAAGCCACACCAGAUGACAGGAGUGGUGUCUUGCAACAGGGAGGGAUGUUUGUCUUCAAAGGGAAUCAACUGCUGUAUGCAAGGAAGGAUGAAGGGACUGGGGACCAUGCUCCCUUGGAUGAUAUCUUUGAUAUCUGCUGCAAAGCUUCUACUGUAUGAGGAAGGAUGAGGGGACUGGUUAUCUUACUCCAUGGAGGAUGCCCCGAAUCCAUCCAUUGCAACUUGAUUACCAAUUAGAACUGUUCGUGUGGAUUGACUAUUUCAUAUCUUAUCAAUACCUACGAUCAUUGAGGCGAGUUUUUAAUUGUAGUGCUUAUUUUACUUAGCAACAUAUAUCUGUCUUUUAGUCAAGUGUUGGCUGUCUUGUACAAAUAUUUUUCUAAUUUGGUGUACUAAGUUAUGGGGCGAAAUUGAGUUGUUUGUUACAACUGAAUGUGGCCUUAGACAUAAACUAUCAGAUGUAAAUACCCACAUUAUCAUUUCACAAUUACCUGGCCAUGUGAUUUUCCAAUUUA